GUGCUCUAGGGCAGCUACAGCUAGCUCUACAAGCUCCCUACUCGGCCAUCUCCUACUCCACUAUGUUUCCUUUCACAAGAUUUUGAGUACAGCAAUCCAAGAAGAAUCCUAGAUGACCCAUUGCUUAUUAUCAAGUUUGUUACCUCUUGAUUGUUGGAAAAAAAUCUGAAAUUCACCAAGAAACAGCCAAGUGAAUUCAAAAGAAAAAACUUAGAAAUCAACAGGUUUUAUUUUUAACUUCACCCUAAAUUACUAGCUCUUGUGCCUCAUUGACUGAGGCAUGGUCAUUCAGAGGAAACUGAAUUAAAAUCAGCAUUGUUUGCCAUGCCUGUGGGAAGAAUUGAGUGCCCACCUUCUCCUUCUUUCCCCAGGGAGAGCAAUCAUAAGUGCCAAGUGUGUAGGGUGACAGUGGUGGGCUUGUCAGCGUAUGCCAAGCACAUCUCCAGCCAGUUGCACAAAGACAACGUUGAAGUCCAUGAUGCUGAGGAAGAAAAAGAAGAGGCUGAUGAAGAAUACUUUGACAAGGAACUUAUCCAGUUAAUCCAGCAAAGAAACGAGCAAAACCGGGCAAGUGAAUUUUGUCAUGUAAACUGUGAAGCAGAAAGUGAUGACAGAAGGCAAAGGCGACAAGAUGACAGACUCUCUUAUCAAGACCGAGAUGCUUAUGAUACAUCAUCAAGGUGGCAUCAUGGACCACCACAGAGAGACUGGAACUGGGAAAAGGAUAAUUUCUUAAAUCCCAAGCAAGGAAAAUUCAACCACUGUGCAAGGAACUCUAAUAACUCAAACAGACAUCUCAGCAGCCAAAGAGGACGACUUGGGUGGCAUCAAAGCAGCUCCAGAGGACCUCCAAAUCGAUACCAUAAUUAUGGAAACACUGGAGGUGUUUGGCAUCAGAAUGCUAGAGGUGGAACAUCAGGUUGGCAUCAUCGUGGUAGGGGAAGAAGUUCCAGUUGGAAUUCUGAAGCAAAUAAUGUUUUUUCCAACUGGCAAUCCAAAAAUGCAGGGGGGCACUGGAAACCUGGUCAACAAAAUGGAAAUGGAUGGAACAUUGGAAGAAAUAGAGUUGUAAACAAUAGUUCCCAGAUAGACAACAUGGAUGCUUCCUGGUUAAAAAUAAAAAGUAUACAGGAGAAAUACAGUAGCGAAAAUUAUAAAUGGCAAUGGCAGGAGGGUCUGGCAAAUUAUACAGGUUUUGAUAAUGAAAAUGACAAUCCUGACUACUUACUAGAUUUCACAAGUGAUCAGCUAUCUUCAGAUCAGUUACUAAAUUUUAGUUUUUCUGUGCACUCAGAGAGUAAGAACUCCAAAGUCAGUAGAAAGUGUAGUAGCCCUUCUCGAGAAAAGACUAACCGAUGGGCUCCUUAUCCUUCCCAGAAAACUGUAGAGCAGCAGCCACUGUCAGAAGAAAAUGUAGCUAAAACAUCAGAGAAAGCAUUGUCUCAGCUGUCUUCAGAAUCAGAAGAUCCUAAAACUAACCACCCCAAAGUGAAAAAAUGGGAAGAGGCUUAUUCGGUAUCCUCAAAUAACAGUGUGGCAUCCACUAAAGUUGCACCAUGCAAAGGGCCAGUGACCUGUACAAGUGAAAACAAAUCAGGUCAAGCUGAAAGCAAAAGUAGCAAGAUGCCAUCCUUGAAGUCCCCACUUCUGUCUAUUCCAGAUAUUAAGUCUUCUCAGAGAAGAAACCCAAAGAAUCUCUUGAAACAUGCCCAUGUCUUAUUAUCCUCAUCUUCUGGGGAAUGCCAGAGUCAACUGAAUAUGGAGACUAGCAAUUCCUCAAAUAGAUCCAAGCUGACCAAUAAUGCAUGUAAUUUUAACAGUUUAAAAGGGAACACACCUCUAUUUAGCAGCCAUGAAAGCCUAAACAAAGCAUUACAAAAGGCCAAAGAAGAACUCCAGCACAGCUGUCCUCUUCAAAAGUCUAAUUCAAGCUCUUAUGGAGAUACUCAAACUGAUGGGAAUGAAGAAUGGAGAACUGAAGGUUCCUCACAUGCUUUGAAGGUAUAUGAAGUCCAGAUCGAAGGAUUAGAGAAUAAAAACUACGAUGAUAAAACAGGAAGCAAAAAUACUUCCUCAAAUUCUUAUUCAUCUUGUGGCCUUGCUGAACUUGAUCAUAUCGUAACUAAAAAUGGUAACUAUUUAGAAGAAUUGAAUGGUGCUAAUAAAAAAUACACUGAAUUCCAAAUGGAGACCCUAGACACUUUGUCAAACUGUCCCAGUGAGUUGGAUAUUGAUUUGAAAACAACUCUGGAAGAAGAUGGUGAUGAAGAUGUUACAAAAUCAAAUGAUGCUCCUGAAAAAGAAGACGAUGGAGAUAAUUCAAAUCACGAGCUACUGAAAGGUACUACAGGGCAGUCUGCAGGCCCUCUUCUUCCAGAAUUGAGUAAACUUGGGUUCCCAGCUUCUCUCCAAAGAGACCUGACAUGGCGCACUAGCUUAAAAAAUAAAACUAGUUCUCAUUUGCCUGAGCCAAAUCUCAACAACGCAAGGCGCAUUCGAAAUGUGAGUGGUCACCGGAAGAAUGAGACAGAAAAAGAAUCUGGGCUGAAACCUACUUUGCGGCAGAUUAUCAGUGUGUCUCGCAGAAAUGUAAACUGGGAGCAGGUCAUUCAGCAAGUGACAAAGAAAAAACAAGAACAAGGCAAAGGUUUACCAAGGUUUGGCAUUGAGAUGGUUCCGCUCAUCCAGAAUGAACAAGAAGGCCUUGAGUUGGAUGAAGAAGCUGACCUCACCAAUCUUGAAGGAUUCCAGUGGGAAGGGAUAUCUAUAGGUUCCCCAGGAACAGUUAGGAAACGUAGCCUCUCUGAAAGUAGUGUGGCUGUCGAUAAGACAGCCAGCGUUUACAGUUUCUUUAAUAAUCAAGGCACAAGUAAAGAAGACGAGCCGAACAAAUCUGGUUCAGUUGCCAACCCUGAGGAUAUAACAUCUGGAAUUCAGAUAUUAGAAGAUACUAUGCUUACUGUGAAACAGGAGUCAUCUUCUCUUCCUUCCUCACCAUUCAUGUCUGACAGGACUGGUUUAAUUUCAAGUAGAAAGAAACUCAGCCUCCAGACGACCCCAAAUGUUAAUCAACGCACAAUCUUUAGUACAAGAGACGGCCAGAGAAGCCCUGACUAUAGCAUUAAUACAUCUGAAAACAAAGACAUACUGGAAUGUUCAGAAGAAUGUUACACCAUGGUUUCAGGCCUUGCAGACAUCAAUGCUUUGGAUGCAGCUACUGACAGCAGCUAUACAUCAAGCAAUGAGCAGAAUGAUAGCCAGGGGAUGGGGAAAAAAAGAAGAGCAACAGGAGAGGGAUCCUCUCCUGAAAUCCCAAGUUUAGAAAGAAAGACUAAACGAAGGAAGAUCAAAGGAAGAAAAGAGCAUUCUCAGGUGGAUCAACUGUUGGCUAUUUCCCUGAGAGAGGAAGAAUUAAGCAAAUCAUUACAGUGCAUAGAUGAAAGCCUCCUGCAGGUUCGAGCUGCUCUACAAGCAGCUUAUAUUGAAGUCCAACGAUUGCUUGUACUGAAACAGCAGAUAUCAGUAGAAAUGGGAUCUUUGAGGAGCCAGAGGAUUCAGAUCCUGCAGGGGUUACAAGACACUUACGAGCCUUCUGAGCAAUUGCAACUGCAGCAGCCUCAUCAUGGCAGCUCAAGUGAAAAAAGGCCUAGCAAAUUCCAUUUGUCACAGGAUCCUACUGCUGAUGCAGGUCUUCUUGUUCCUCUUCUGGAAACUGCUCCACCUCUCUCUGCACAGAUACCUCCUUCUCCUUUUGCAGCCCCUGUCCAAGAAAGGGCUGAACCUACAUUCCAAACUGCUGGCGGAAUUGCCCCCAUCACAGUCCCGGAUUCAUCCAUACAAAUCAAGCAAGAGCCUGUGUCUCCAGAGCUCAGAGAGGACUGGAUGAAUGUUCCUGAGCAGAGUUCUCCACGUUCCCCACAAGCAGAGCUUCAUUUGCAGGAUAGAAAUACAAGUCAACAGUCUUCACUGUACCCAGUUAUCUCUGCUAGUAUGUCGUUGUCAGGACUUAUUGAUUUCCAAGAACCAAAUCAAGAUGGUCAGAAACCUGCUCCAGAUACAGGGGGGACAAGGUUAUCUGGCCAUUCGUCCCCUACUUAUUCAGGAUCAAUAUUUUCAGUGAAAAACAUUGACAAGACAACUCCAGCAGGCAAUACCAUCUCUGAACCAUGCAUUAGCUCAUUGGAAAGCCAGUCCUUUCCUUCCAAACUUGCUGCAAAUGAAAAUAACAAGCAGGUGACUGAACAGCCUGAGCAGAUGGCCAUCUCUACUCUGGCCUCGACAGAAUUCAAAAUAAGCAAGAAGAAGAAAAAAUUGAAGAAAAAGAAAGCACUCCGAGCGGCCCGUGUCCCUGAGAAUAGUGAUACAGAACAGGACGUGAGUGACUCAAAACCAUUUAGGAAAGUAAAGGCUAUCAAGAUACCCAAGGGAGAAAAAGUAACAACAUCCACCCCUCCGAAGCAAGAAGAUGAUGAGGCUGCUCAGGAAAGAAAGAGGAAGAAUGAGGAGAAUGAGAGUGACACAUCUGUUGAAUUUGUGGAAAUCCCUAAAUCUCCUCUUGAAGUGGUGGCCAUCAACUCAUCAGAAUCGGAAAGUGAGAAACCAGACAGCCCUUCUAAGAGGGAUACCUUGAGCUCCACAGAGAAACUUUUGAGAGAGCCAUCUCGGUCUGGCUAUGAUGAAGUGAGUUCUACUAGUGAGAUUGGAGUAAACUAUAAAGAUGGCAUUGGUAGAAGCGUGGCUGAGACUCAAACAUCCAUAUCGUCAUUAAGAGGAUCAAAAAACUCAUCAGAAGUGUCUUCAGAGCCCGGUGAAGAUGAGGAUCCCACAGAAGGGGUAUUUGAGGGACAUUCAGCUUCAGUGAACGCCAUUCAGAUUUUUGGGAAUUUGUUGUACACCUGUUCAGCAGACAAAACUGUCCGUGCAUAUAACUUAGUGAACAGGAAAUGUGUGGGUGUCUUUGAAGGACACAUUUCCAAAGUCAACUGCCUCCUGGUAACUCAGACAACAGGGAAAAAUGCAGCACUCUAUUCUGGCUCCAGUGAUCACAAUAUAAAUUGCUAUAACAUCAAGACAAGAGAACUUAUUGAUCAGUUUAAACUGGAUGACCGUGUGCUUUGCCUGCACAGUAGAUGGAGGAUCCUCUAUGCUGGCCUUGCAAAUGGAAAUGUGGUCACUUUCAAUAUAAAGAACAACCGACAAUACGAUACUUUUGAGUGUCAUGGUCCUCGGGCAAUUAGCUGUCUUGCUACAGCCCAGGAAGGGGCACGACGACUACUGAUUGUGGGAUCCUAUGAUUGUACAAUUAGUGUGCGAGAUGCCCGAAAUGGACUGCUGCUCCGAACCCUGGAAGGUCAUAGCAAAACAGUACUGUGUAUGAAGGUUGUGAAUGAUCUGGUCUUCAGUGGUUCCAGUGACCAGUCUGUCCAUGCCCACAACAUACAUACUGGGGAGCUGGUACGGAUAUACAAGGGGCAUAACCAUGCAGUAACUGUUGUGAACAUCCUGGGAAAAGUGAUGGUAACAGCCUGUUUAGACAAGUGUGUUCGAGUAUAUGAGUUGCAGUCUCAUGAUCGUUUGCAAGUUUAUGGAGGACAUUCGGAUAUGAUUAUGUGCAUGACCAUUCAUAAGAGCAUGAUCUACACUGGUUGUUACGAUGGUAGUAUCCAAGCAGUGCGGCUUAACCUGAUGCAGAAUUACCGUUGUUGGUGGCAUGGAUGUUCACUUAUAUUUGGAGUUGUGGACCACUUGAAACAGCAUUUGUUAAAUGACCACACAAAUCCGAAUUUUCAAACUCUGAAGUGUCGCUGGAAGAAUUGUGAUGCGUUCUUCACCUCCCGGAAAAGUUCCAAACAGGAUGCGGUGGGACAUAUUGAGAAGCACGCAGAGGAUGAUAGCAAGAUUGACUCAUGACAUUUUUCAGCCUCCCAUAUUGGGAAGUAUUUUUUAUACACGAGAAAUUUUACAUGCCUUGUCCAUCUCAUUCUUUUCUUUUUCCUCCUAUUCAUAUUUGGAGUGCAAAAAGAACACAAGCCUUUUCUUUUUCUUCUUUUGCUACAGAGACAGCAUCCUAUUCGCAGCUCUGUAGAGAAAGGAAUGACAGAGUCAUGCCAAAUAAAAGUUUGUACCAUUCACUUGUUAGGGAAAAAAAACCCCCCACCCUUCCUCUUACUUGCAUUGUGCAAAUAAGCACAUUGCGCUUAUCUAUUACUUGGUAUUCAGAGGAAUGUUUAAUGCUUACUUUGGGGCCCUACAUAUACAGUGGUGUGUUUAUCCAUCUUGUUUCAUGUUAUAUGCAGGAUCCCCUGAUAUUUUAUGUUUUUUGGCUUUGGACUAUUUUAAUGUUAAUCAAAAGAAAUUGAACACAAGGUAGAAAUACCACCUGAUCAUUGAGUUCCUUAUUUUUUUCUUAAUGCAGUCUUUGAGAUAUUUUAAUGGGUGCUGUUGGAGUAAAUGAAUGGCUCACCUUUUGAAUUAGCUUAUAUUGUGGCUUCAGUUCAAAAUGUGAAACCUGCACAAUUCAUCACCAUUGUAUUUGAUUUUUUUGGUACACUUUAGCUCCAAAGAAACUUAUGGUGGCAGAAAACGUACUGUUAAGACAGCAAAAUACUUGUAUCCUAAACACACUUACUGUAAUUUCCCAGUUGUCUUAGAGUGCUAGGCACCAUAACACAAACACCAGUAAAGACAAUUAUAUUAAACAUUUUCUGUUAGGUUUAUACCCAGUGCUCUCUUGCCACAAUAUUGAGACUGUGUUCCUGAUUCUGAGAGUUUCAAGUUAUGACCAUUGCGGCAUUUGAAGUAACUAAAUUUCACUAUAUCUUUACUUGCUUCAUCCAGCUAAGCCCGUGGGAAUCCUGUUUUUCGCAAUUACCUUUGCGAUAACUAUCUUGUCUCACUAUAACCAACUGAAUACCUUCAGUUUCUAUAAUUGCAAAUUAAAAUGCUAUUGGGUGCAAACUGGGGAGAUUUAAUACCCAAGUAGAAGCUGAGAGUUUUGUAUGUAUUUUGUGCUGUCAGAGGAGCAAAACCAAGCUGCGUGAAAAGUGCAAGAAUUGCAAGAAAAAAUAGCGUAUGUGUUUGUGUAAAGUGAUGUGUAUGUGGUCAGUGCUGCUGGGAAGGUUUUGGUGCUGCAAUUUGCAGUAUACAGAAAGUGGUUUCCUAGUGUUUGUGACAUCAGUUCUGUUUUUUUCCACAGGAAAGCUAGAAACCUCAUUAUUAGUCCAGCAGUAUCUGUGAGUUUAAUUACACCAGACAGUGUGUACAUAUUAAAAGAGCAAAUGGCAUUGUAAUCAACCUUUAAAAAUAAAAGGUAAUUCAUGCCUAACUUAGUGAUCUCAGCAGCCAGAAGAACAAACCAGUUGGAAGUUGCUCUACAUGAUUAUCUUGGCAACUCAGAUAGCUUGGAGAUGUUUAUAUGUUUCGAUUCAGGACCCCCCUUUUGAUCUUCUGCCAUGUUCAGAAAUAAUGAACAAUUCACUAGUAAUCUUCUGUUGUCGGAGCAUCUUAUUCUGCAGCCUGUGUGUGGUUUCUGGGCGAUGGUACCUCUUCUUUUCAUGACACUGUUGGCAGCUGAAAUAAAAGACACUGGAGGAAACCCUCAAAUGCUUAGUCAAGAGGCUGUGAGAACAUUCACUCUUUAGACAGUAGAGCAUUGAGUGGUAUUCUAAAAUAUAGAUCAUUCUUAACUGAAUGUGGUUGGAGUUAAACUGCAGAGGUAGGAAGCAUUUUUUGUGAGGAAAAAUAUAUGGAGUGUGUUAUUAGUCACGUGGAUGAGUGAAUUUUAAUUUUGCAUCCUCUUUGAGUUCCUUCUUCAGUAUUUUAACUGGAAGAGGAUGGUGACUUGAUACGUGAUAAUGUAAAUGUUCUUUUCACAUCAGUAGUUGCAAGUGAUAUAUAACUUGGACUGUUUGUGUUUUUCACUGUUUAAUAGGUGUGUGUUGGUGUGAGUGUGUGCAUUUAAGGUGAGCGUGAAGUCCAAUUUUGGGAUGUUUUCAUAAUUUGUAUUAAAAGUAUUCAGCAAUAAAAGUGUGGUCGCAUUUUACUCUUAGUUGGUUCUAUAUGUUUUCCUUUAUUUAUGAGAAGAACAGUUUCAAAUAAAGUUCCAUGCACAUGAUAACUUAGGAAGUUAAAUGUCUCCUUUCAGUGUGUUGCCACCGUUCUUUCAUUUGGAACGUAGAAUGUUCUUCUCUUGCGGUUCAGGAAUGUUUGGUUUUGUUUGGUUCUGCUUUCUGUUCUUAUACCUCUUUAGCAGGAAAUGUAUGCAUGCUCCUCUAGGUUGUUCUAGGAAUCUCGAUGCAGGAAGGACAAAAUGUAAUUUGCUAAUGAUUAAUGGAAUGGUAAGGCAGAUGCAUCAAGGUUAUAUAUUUUGAAGAAUGUCAACUUCUGGAAGGUUCCAGGUUUUUGUCUGAUUUCCACAAAUACGUUGACUUUUACCUUUAGAAGAUUUUUAUUUUGAAAGAAAGGAGAUAGAAAUGAAGUUGCUAGGGUGAAUUACAGAGUGCGUUCUUGAAAUGUGUGGGAAGUAUGUUUAGUUUUGUGGGCCGGCUGAUGUCUGAGUAAGCCAGUGUUGUCCAAACUUGGCCACUUUAAGAUGAGUGGACUUCAAC